UAAUAAUAAAAUUACUGUUGUAUAUAUAUUAUUACUCCUGCUGUCACGGGUUGGAUUUUUUCUACUCAGACCAGCCAUUUUCAUUCAUUAGGAUUAUAUUCAUCAUGGCCGGCAUUCUUUCUACUGCCAUUUCCCUGCUGCUCGUCAGCGAGUCGCUCGCGGCUCCAACACUUCAAAAGCGAGGCAUUCGCAGCCCGGCCCAUCGCUUCAUUCCUUCUCGCGCGUCCGUUAACAAUGAUACCGGCGCUGUUUACGACAACUUCGAUGGCGGUGGUUGGAUCAUUCCUGUCCUCAUUGGUGGGCAGCAAGUGAUACUGAACCUGGACACUGGUUCUUCUGAUCUGUACGUGUCUUGGAAUAGAAUAGAAAAGAACAAGUCAAAACUAACAAUACCAGAUGGACCGCAAGUACCCUCAUGCCCUCCGAUCAGCAGUCUACCGUCACCUCGGGAUCCAUCUACGACCCCAGCAGAAGCUCGACUUACCAAGAGAUGACCGGAUUCAACUUCAGCCUGGGAUACGCCGACGGUUCUGGCGCGUCUGGCCCCGCAGCCAUGGACACGGUGAAUAUCGGCGGUGCCACUGUGCCCAACAUGCCAUUUGGCGUGUGUUCUGACCUGAGAUACGGCGGCGGUGGCUCCGGCAGCCGUGACACUGACGGCCCUGUCGGUUUGGGCUUCGGCGUCGAGAACUCCAUCCGCCCCACGCCGCAGUGCACCUUCAUGGAAUGCCUCGAACCUUACGUCCCUGAGCCCGUCUUCAGCACAGCCUUCAAGACCAAUAACUCCGGCUUCAUCGAUUUCGGAUACGCCGACAGCGCUGCCUACACUGGCAACCUGACCACCAUCCCCAUUGCCAACACCAGCUCCGGCAACGAGGGCCAGUGGGUGUACCAGGGUGCGCAGUUUGGGUCUGGUGGCCAGGUGUUCUCUGCCGCCGCCAUCGAUCUCGACUUUGAUUCUGGCACUUCGUCUCUCUCUGUCUCUGCGGACAUCGCCUCGGCGUACUUUGGCCUGAUCGAGGGUUCCUCCAACUCGUCUGGCUCAUGGCAGUACCCCUGCGGCUCGACGCUGCCAGACCUUGACUUUAUUUUCAACUCUGCCAACAGCGGGCCCAACACGGUGACCAUCCCAGGCGCGAACCUGAAGAACGGUGAUGCGUCGACUGGCGACUGUGGUACGUGGAUGAAUGUUGUGACGGGCCGUGGUAACGCCGGUAUUCCAUUCUAUAUCAGCAAGUACAUGAUCUGGAACCAGUCUGUUCCUACCCUGUCGUUUGCGGAUCAGGUGAACUAAGUUAGGACCUGAGAAUUUUUCGUUGUAUAUACAUAUGUAGACUUGUAAGUGUCAGGACAUGUACAUAUUAAUUACAAACCUUGAAUACCUUCCAUUUUGUGUAUCUUGGAUCACCCUGCUAUUGAAGCCAUCUGGAGAUGGACAGGGAGGAGUCGGGAUGAGUAGGGGUUAUAAAUUGAUCAAUUGAUAGAUUAGUCAGGUCAAUGGAUUAGAUAGCACAUAAAGUAAGUACAGGUGACGCACUAAAUGACCUACAGUACAUGUGAAUUGAUUCAAUGAUAACUAGAAUAAUAUUGACAUAUGCUAUACGAUAGCAAUGGAUUCACUAAGACAUCGUUUGUCG